AAGGUAUAGUAUAAAAUUCGGUAUUAUCCUCUGCUUGGAUACAACCAUCGGCAAUUAUGGCUUGUUUCAAAUUUGUGUUAACCACUUUUUAUCUGCUGGCGCUCUUUUGGGGAGCAUCAGCAAAAGAUUGUCUAAUAGACAUAAAAAAAUUGCAGCAAAAUCACCCUUUAUUCCUCACGCAGGAUUCCAACGACCUAAUCUAUCCCGUUACCCAAACCAGCACCAUUUCGUUCAACACCAGAGACUCCUUCGAAUUGGAAUGUCCUGGCAGCGGUAAGGUCAAAGCCGAGGAUCAGACGUUCGGAGAGAAAGUGGUCGCAAAAUGUCUAGCAGACGGUGUAGUAGGUAUAGAAAACCAGAGGUUCAACGUCUCCGAGGUGGAGUGUACCAGAAAAGUGUCCAGCACAGCUAGGUACACGAAGAACACGUGCUGGUCGCAGCACAGCGAAAUCGAGGUGGGAUUCAAAUUGGCCAGCGGCAAGUUUAUUCGGGUGUAUAACGUUUGCUUCGACGAAGAAACCAGGAAUGUGGUGUACUCCACUUUCAACAUGACCAGGGAUAUUGGUUACCAAACCGCUGGUAACACCAGACCCGCUUGGUCCGAGGGGAAAUUUUACAAGUUGCCCGGCGUGAAGAUGGAUGAAUUGUACAACAACGAUGUCCAACGGCAAACUAUUAACAGGCAAUUGGGUUUGCCUGAAGAAGAUACUAGUUACGUUAAACCGCAUGGUACGCGUUAUUUAGCCAGAGGUCAUUUAACAGCCAAAGCGGAUUUCAUGUACAAUGCUGAACAGCAAGCCACUUUUCACUACAUUAACUCGGCGCCACAAUGGCAAUCUUUCAAUGCACGCAACUGGUUUUACUUGGAGAGAAACCUCAGGAAUUUCGUCGCCGAGAAAUACAUCGACGUACUAGUGUACACAGGAACUUACGGAGCAUUAACUCUACCUCACGCAUCAACCGGCGAGGAGACGGACGUUUACUUCUACUUCGACUCGAACGGUGAAAGGUUCGUUCCAAUUCCGGAGCUGUUCUGGAAAGUGGCCUACGAUCCGGUCCAUAGAGCCGGUGUAGCGGUAAUCGGAUUGAAUAAUCCCUAUCAAACAGACAUAUCGGCUAGUUUAAUUUGCACCAAUAUAGCCGACAAAAUCAGCUGGUUAAACUUCGAUAUUGACAAACCAGCCGCGGGUUAUAUGUACGCUUGUGAUGUGGAUGAGUUCAGGAAAGCCGUUAGAGAUUUUCCUGAUUUGGACAUCAAAAAAUUACUAACUUAAAUAGGAAAUUUACUUCAAAAAUAAAAAG